GUUCGGUAGGCAGAACUACAUACAGUCAGUCUGGCUAUCAUGUUUGGUUGAAAUGGUAAGCUUGGGAUGGGAUUUAGAGUUUUAUUUGACAUAUUUAUGUAAUUGUUACAUUGUAUACAAUUGUAAACUAUUACAUUAAGCCAAUUAAGUUCAAUGAAGCUGUUCAGAUUUUACUGCAGAUUGGACUGAGAUAGUUGAAAAGACAUCUGGAUGGACACAGCACUACCCUACCACACCUUUCUUCUUCAAGCAAGAAGCUUUUACUUUGGAACUGGAUGCAAUUAUAAAGAAGAAACGGACCUUCAUUUGGAAUACUAACAACAUUUUCAUUAUGCCAACUUGAAUGGCAUGGCUUUUGAGGAAACCUAACCCUGAUUGUUUUGAAAGUGUUCACAAGAGUGGUCGAGUUUACUUUUGAGGAAUCUUCUGAAGUCUUUACGGGAACAAAAUCGCAAAAUGGAUCAAGCAAGCGGUGGAGAGGAUCCUAAUAAAGCUAAUAAAAAGAAAGAAAAAGAGGAUGAGAGUAAAAACAAAAAACUGCGUGACCGGAUCACCAGUUUUCGGAAGACUGGGAAUAAAAAGGACAAGCCCCUGAUUCAGCACUCCACAGACCCCCUGUCCACUCAGGUAGAGAUGCCCAUGCCCCAGCCCCUCUUCGACGACCGCUCCAUGAACCUCUCCGAGAAGGAGAUCAAUGACCUCUUUGAGAAGAUGAUGGAGGACAUGAACCUGAAUGAGGAGCGUAAAGCCCCCCUGCGUGGGAAGGACCUGAGCACCAAGCGAGAGAUGGUUGUCCAGUACAUCUCUGCCACCGCUAAAUCUAUCACUGGGAGCAAAGUCACGGGAGGACUGAGGAACAGCAAGCAUGAGUGUACACUAUCAUCACAGGAGUAUGUCCACGAGCUGCGCUCUGGCAUCACUGAUGACAAGCUGCUGAUCUGCCUGGAGUCCCUUCGUGUCUCUCUCACCAGUAACCCUGUCAGCUGGGUGAACAACUUUGGCCAUGAAGGACUGGGCCUCCUCUUGGAUGCAUUGGAUAAGUUGCUGGAUAAGAAACAGCCAGAAAGUAUAGACAAAAGGAACCAGCACAAGCUGAUCCAGUGUCUCAAGGCCUUCAUGAACAAUAAGUAUGGACUGCAAAGGAUUCUGGGAGAUGAGCGAAGCUUGCUUCUCCUGGCCAGGGCCAUUGACCCAAAACAGACCAGUAUGAUGACAGAGAUCGUCAAGAUCCUCUCAGCUAUCUGCAUCAUUGGAGAGGAAAACAUCCUGGAUAAGAUCCUGGCUGCCAUGACGAUUGCGGCGGAGAGGAAUAACAAGGAGAGAUUUUCUCCGAUAGUGGAGGGACUGGAGAAUCACGAGGCCCAACAGCUCCAGGUGGCCUGCAUGCAGCUGAUCAACGCUCUGGUCACCUCUCCGGACGAUCUGGACUUCAGGAUACAUCUGCGCAACGAGUUCCUCCGCUGUGGCCUCAAGAAGAUCCUACCGGAGCUGAAAGAGACAGAGGAGCUGGACAUCCAACUGAAGGUGUUCAACGAGAACAAGGAGGAGGACUCCAUUGAGCUCUCCCAUCGCCUCGAUGACAUCCGCGCCGAGAUGGAUGAUAUGGGUGAGGUGUACCAUCUCCUGUCCAACAUGGUGAAAGACACCGGGUCGGAGACCUACUUCCUGUCCAUCCUACAGCACCUCCUGCUCAUCAGGAACGACUACUACAUCAGGCCCCAGUACUACAAGGUCAUAGAGGAAUGUGUGUCUCAGGUGGUUCUCCAUCGCAGCGGGAUGGACCCAGACUUCGGAUACAGAGAGAGACUGGAUGUAGACUUCACCCACCUCAUUGAUCAGUGCGUGGAUAAAGCCAAAGUGGAUGAGAGCGAACUGAAGGCUGCUGAGUUCUCCAAAAAGUUCGAUGAAGAGUUCAGCGCCCGGCAGGAGGCCCAGGCCGAGUCCCAGAAGAAAGAGGAGAAAAUCAAAGAGCUGGAAGGGCAGAUCUGCAAUCUGAAGACCCAGUUAGCUAGCGAGGCAAACAAGCUCAAAGAGGCUCAGAAAGUCAUCAGUGAAGCUGAGUGCCAGGUGCAGAUUGCAGCCGGACCAGCGGCGGCCGGGACAGGAGUCCCACCUCCAGCCCUACCGGGGGGACUGGCACCCCCUCCUCCGCCGCCUCCUGGCAUGGCCAGCAUGCCCCCUCCGCCCCCGCCACCUCCAGGCGUAGGGCCACCCCCACCACCCCCUCCCCCCGGUUGUGGACCCCCACCUCCCCCGCCCUUCCCCGGGGCUCCAGGUAUCCCUCCGCCUCCUAUGAUGGCCAUACCUGUCAUCAAGCUGCCUUAUGGACUGGUGGCCAAGAAGACCUACAAGCCUGAGGUCGUCAUGAAGAGGAUCAACUGGUCCAAGAUAGUGCCUCAGGAAAUGGCGGAGAAUUGCUUCUGGAUCAAAGUCAAAGAGGAGAAGUUUGAAAAUCAAGAAUUCUUUGAACAGCUCUCCCUCAGCUUUUCCUCCAGGACCAAAGUGAAAAAUGAGGUGGAUGAGACAGACGCCAGGGUGACGCAAUUCAAGAAAAAGGCGAAGGAGCUGCGAAUCUUGGACGCAAAGACGGCACAGAAUUUGUCAAUUUUCCUGGGCUCAUUCCGGCUGCCUUAUGAAGAGAUCCGGGACAUUGUGCUGGAGGUGGACGAGGGGAGGCUGAGCGAAUCACUGAUCCAGAACCUGAUAAAGAACCUACCAGAACAGAAGGAGCUGAGCGCUCUGGCAGAACUGAAGAAUGAGUACGAGGAACUAUGUGAGCCUGAACAGUUUGGCAUUGUGAUGAGCUCUGUGAAGCUGCUGCGCUCACGCCUCAACGGAAUCCUUUUCAAGCUGACCUUCGAGGAGCAGGUGAACAACAUCCGUCCAGACAUCAUGAAUGUGACGUUCGCCUGCGAGGAGGUGAAGAAGAGUGACAGCUUCAGCAAGCUGCUGGAGAUGGUAUUGCUGGUGGGCAACUACAUGAACGCUGGCUCCCGGAAUGCCCAGACCUUUGGCUUCAACAUCAGCUUCCUCUGCAAGCUUCGAGACACUAAGUCGGCCGACCAAAACACAACGCUGCUCCACUUCCUGGCUGAGAAGUGUGAAGAGAAGUACCCGGAGAUCCUGAGGUUCCCUGAAGAGCUGCAGCACGUGGAGAGUGCUAGCAAAGUUUCUGCCGAGAUCCUGAAGAGCAGUCUCAGCACCAUGGAGCGACACAUCCAGAGGCUAGAAAAUGACAUUGAGAACUUCCCAAAGACGGACGACAAAAAGGAUAAGUUUGUGGAAAAAUUAUCCGGCUUCUCAAAACAUUCACGGGAGCAAUAUGAGAAGCUGUCCACCAUGCACAAGAACAUGCAGAAGCUAUACGAGAGCCUGGGCAGCUACUACGCCUUCGACCCCCACGUCCUCUGCGUCGAGGACUUCUUCGGUGACCUGGCCUCCUUCCGUACCCUCUUUGUGGAAGCAGUGAAGGACAACCACAAGAAGAGGGAGAUGGAGGAGAAGAUCAAGAGAGCCCGACUGGCCAAGGAGAAAGCGGAGCACGCGAAGCAGGAGCGCCAGCAGAAAAAGAAGCAGCUGAUUGACAUGAACAAAGAGGGAGGAGAGAAUGAAACAGGUGUGAUGGACAGCCUAAUGGAAGCCCUGCAGUCCGGAGCAGCCUUCCGCGAUCGCCGAAAACGAACCCCGCGCAACGGUGAUCAAAGUCCAUGCAGUCCUGUCUCUCGGUGGCCGGGUGCUAACCAUGACACCCGCCGCGCGGUCCUGGAAAGGUCUCGGUCGCGCCACAACGGAAACCCCCAGGCUCGAUGAUGGCCCGCGCCUACCAGAAGACGUUAGAUAUGUGCCAAAGAGACCUGCGAGGAGAAUCUGAGGACAUCUAGUAGGAGGGAUGGACCCCCACAGCGUGGCGCACACACACACACACACACACACACACACACACACACACACACACACACACACACACACACACACACACACACACUGCCAGGUCUUGAAGAAAACAAAAGAGUAACUGAGAAAACAAGAACAGGGCAUCAUCACACAGGAUAUUCAAUAGUCAUACUGUUGGUCUGAUUGCCUUACAUAUUUAUUCUCUACUUUGUCAUGGCUUUGCCUGUACAUGACUGUCUAAAGCUUUGGUUGUUUUGGGGGGGGGGGGAACAAAAAAAACCGAUGUACUUGGUUGCUCAAAUUGUCAUAUAGGCUCACAGAACUUCACUAUAUCUGUCAGACAACCCAACCAUCCUUAAAACUGCCACACCUGUCCUCUCAUCUCUGGUCAUGUACUUCCAAUUGGAUGCAGUUUUGCUUGAAUUCUGAAACGUGAGUAGGGAUGUAACUAGAGAACAGACAUCUCUCCAGUGAGGACUGACCUCUAGUGUACCCUAACUAACCACAUCUAACAAAGCUUUCUUUCUCUAUUCUGCUUUUAUUCAACACAUCCAGCAAUUAACUGUGGCCACAGGUGUGAACCCCUUUAUUUGUGAGAGUAUUUUCACCCGAAUUAAUAAGAUAAUAUUAUGCAUAACAUGUCUCACAACAAGGAUACAGAACUGGAAAUAUGCAUCAGUGAUCUUUAGUGUAUGACUGAAUUCUCCAUAUGUUGUGGUAGAGAAAGCAUCAUAUUCAUUGUUUUUUGUUUUUCUCCCUGAGAUGUCAAAUGCCGUAGGGUACUAAACAUGUUUUUAGAUAUUUUUGAAAAUGUUUUGAAAAUGAAAUACAGAUAUCUAAUUUACAUAAGUAUUCACACCCCUGAGUCAAUACAUGUUACACGUUUGGCAUCGAUUACAACUGAGUCUUUCUGGGUAAGUCUCUAAGAGCUUUGCACACCUGGAUUGUACAAUAUUUGCACAUCAUUCUCAAAACAAUUAUUUAAGCUCUGUCAUGUUGGUUGUUGAUCAUUGCUAGACAGUCUUGCCAUACAUUUUCAAGCUGAUUUAAGUCAAAACUGUAACUAGGCCACUCAGAUAACUGAGCACAGAUAACUCAUGUGUAGAGGUUUGGAUAGAUUUGAGCCAUGUUUUCAAUUUAAAUAAAAAAAUACAAUAAUCAGUGCAGUUGACAAGUUGAAUCAGGUGUGCUUGUCCAGGGUUACAAUAACAUGUGUACUGGUUGGGAAACACUGCCCUAGUCCUUGCCAAUGACAAGCAUACCCAUAACAUGAUGCCGCCACCACCAUGCUUGAAAAUAUGAAGAGUGGUACACAGUGAUGUGUUGUGUUGGAUUUGCUCCAAACAUAAUGCUUUCUAUUCAGGACAUAAAGUUAGUUUCUUUGCCAUAUUAUUUGCAGUAUUAAUUUAGUGCCUUAUUGCAAACAGGAUGCAUGUUUUGGAAUAUUUUUAUUCUGUACAGGCUUUCUUCUUUUCACUCUGUCAUUUAGGUUAGUAUUGUGGAGUAACUACAGUGUUGUUGAUCCAUCCUCAGUUUUCUCCUAUCACAGCUAUUAAACUCGGGAACAGUUUUAAAGUCACCAUUGGCCCCAUGGUGAAAUCCCUCAGCGAUUUCCUCCCUCUCCGGCAACUGAGUUAGGAACUGAGUUUUUUUUACCCAUCUACCAAUAGGUGCCCUUCUUUGCGAGGCAUUGGAAGACAUCCCUGUCUUUGAAUCUGUGUUUGAAAUUCACUGCUCGUCUGAGGGACCUUACAGAUAAUUGUAUGUGUGAGGAACAGAGAUAAGGUAGUUAUUCAAAAAUCAUGUUAAACACUAUUAUUGCCCACAAAGUGAGUCAAUGCAACUUAUUAUGUGACUUGUUAAACACAUGUUUACUCCUGAACUUAUUUAGGCUUGCCAUUACAAAGGGGUUGAAUACUUAUUGACUCAAGACAUUUCAGCUUUACAUGUUUUAUGAAUUUGUGAACAUUUCUAAAAACAUAAUUCUACUUUGACAUUGUGGGGUAUUCUGUGUAGGCAAGUGACAGAAAAUCUCAAUGUAGUCCAUUUUAAAUUCAGGCUGUAACAUAACAAAAUGUGGAAAAAGUCAAGGGGUGUGAAUACUUUCUGAAGGCACUGUACAGUAUGCCUCAGCAAAAGGCUGGUUUCCACUAGAUAGCACAAGCACAAAGUCCAAAUUGGCUAUCGUAAAAAUACAUGGGGAAAAAAUGUGCUUCUUGGUCUUAAUUUAAGGUUGGGGUUAGGUUUACGCUUAAGGUUAGCAGUGUGGUUAAAGUUAGGAUUAAGGUAUGAAAACACUUUUUAAGAUGAGAAAUUGUAGAAAUAGGUGGGCUUUAUUAUUUUGUGUAUGUGGUAACUAGUGACAACCGCUUUCAUUGAGCAGUAGACUACACGAGCCAGUCGAGCUCCUGAAUUGCUAACUAGCUUUAGCAUGCUAAAACAUUAGCCUGUCUUCUCCAGUUAAACUUCUAAAUGUCUUAGUGGUUUUAUCAUGCUAAGCCUUUAGCUUGUCAGAGAUGGAAAGACGUGCAUGGGUUCUCAGGAGGAGGGCUAACAUUCUAUUGAAAUUGCGAAACCCUUUCAAAUCAUUUUUAUUGUGUUCAUAUUUCUUUCCCAUGUUUUUUGUGGCUAUGUCAUGAAAGGCCUUGUUUCUUGAUGUCAGAGCUAAGAGCUUUCCCGUUACUAGCAGUUUCCUAAUCGCAGCAUAACCUGCCCAGACUUCACACUCAUUUGACAAGAUGUCAUACGAAACAAAAUGGCCAUAUGAAAGGGGAAAAAAUUGAAUGCAUUAAGGCUAGUUUGAGCAUUCAGUCGACCGCAAGGAAAAUAAAGCUCUGAGCAAUGUGCUCACAUUAGGAGCCAUUUGAGAUUUUUUUCCCCCUCUUUUCCUUAUUUUUUUUGUUGCACGGAUUAAUUCCCAUAUUCACAGAGAGUGCCUAGAGCAUGCUUGUCCCUUCCAUGUCUGAGCAGUAAGCAGAUGCGAGAGAAAUGGUUGCUUUCCCCCACAAGGAAAGCGUACCCAGUGGAAUACAUUGAGGGUCUAUGCUGACAGCAUGGUGGCUGUCUUAGUAAGGGAAGCCUCCACACACCCUCCCUUGACCUACUGCUUAUGGCGUGAGUAAAUGCUCGCCAUAACGUGAUGUCUCAAUUAUACCAUAUCACUGCUGGAAAAACUGUGUGCAGAAAAUCAUGCCUUUCCCAGUGAUCGGAACAGAAGCUUGGGAGGAAAGCGGUGGCUGUGCUUGACUUAUGACUGAAUAGAUGAAGAGUUGCUGUUUAAACAGUCUCCCAACGAGGUGCGUGAUGAGUCGGAUUGUUGCAACCCUCGUCUUAGAAGCCUCAAGUUUCAUCAAUUCAGUCUAUUCAUACGGUGCAAUAUGCAUAAGAGUUGCCAGGGAGAAGUGUGCGUAUUCAUGAAAUGUGAUGAGUCCUAUUCAGUUAAUAUGUAAGAUUGGGGUGGUAAGUUACACAGAGGCUGCUUCCCAAAUGGCACACUAUUCCCUACAUAGUGUAUUACUUUUGACUGGAGCCCUAUGGGUCCUGGUCAAAAGUAGUGCACUACAUUGAAUAGAGAAUAGGAUACCAUUUUUGGAUGCAGACAGAGAAACAGAAAGGGUACUGUGUUCAUGAAGGAGUGUAUUUGCCAUAGCUUUGGCUUCAUAUACACUAGAGAGCCCCACUGUGGAAAAUCCAGCACUGCCAAAGGUACUGAUUUACUUUUUCUAAUAAAAAAUCUACCUUUGUAUUCUGUUUUACCAUUGCACAGUAAGCAAUCCACUGUUUUCUCGAUGUGUUGUGAGCCCACACCCAAGGUGUUUCAUUUGUAACCCCAAUUCCAUAAGUUACGUGUGAGUCUGCGUUAAGUGCAAUGCUUCUGUUUUUGUUUUUUACAUGCCAAGUUUGUAUUCAAAACAUGAAAAACUGUUACAGAAUGGUGACUGAAUACUCAGUUUUGUUGUAUUGUUUUUGUAUUUAUCAAAAGAAAAAAUAUCUUUCCUAGUCAAGUGAAAUUAUAGUUCCGCUUGUACAGAAUGAAAUCUUGAUUUUUCCAUGGUAGCCAACUCUUAAAACAAGUCCAUAGUUACAUUUACCUUUUACUGCAGUGGGCUAAUUCGGGGUCAUGCAGAGUGUUUCUUGGUAGUCUUAAAGAAAUCUACUUUAAAACAGAAGUAUACACUUCACACACAUGGUUAUUGGCUUGAAAAAAAGAAAACACCUGUACCAAAUCAGAUAUAGAGUUGAAAUGUAUUACAUUUUGAAUCUGCAUCCUAAUAUUAACUUUAUAUACAUCACAGAAGACUGAAAUAUAACAAAACUGUUGGAAUAGAAACACCGAGUUUUCGGCAUUGAAAAAAUAAAGACGUUUAUUAAUUAUGAAAUUAUGAAUAAUAUUUAUAACAUUCCACCUAUGAGGCCACUGCAGGAAGUCCAAAAACGGAAAAUUGUGAUAACACAUACUGGAACGUAAUUUUAUGCAUUUUGGAAAUGAAUAUAUCAUAGUUUGACUGUAUUUGAUUUGAAAUUGAAGAUGGGUAUCUCGUUCUUGAUUUACUGGCACAAUGAAAUCAGAGACUAAAGCUACUUUCCCCAUUUGUGAUUAUUGUAUUUUCCCCUGUAGCCUGGUCCCAGAUCUGUUAGUGCUGAAUAGCCAACUCUCAGCUAAGCAGCACAAACCGAUCUGGGACCAAGCUAUUUCCCUUGUGCUGUAGGGUGAUAAAUGUGUGCUGUGUAUGCAUAGAGAGUAGCAGCAGUGUUGCAGGUGGCAACAGUAACCUGUAAAGGGACUGAACCACCAGUGGUAUUAAAGGAUCCCCUGACUGGGCCAAACCAUCUGCCUCUGACUGGGCCAAACCAUCUCAUGCUCACCCUGUGUUUUUGGUAUUCUUACUUGAGAUCUGCACUACGGUUUCCAUAUUAAGUACAUGCUUAACUAAUACAUCUCUUAUUGACAUGAAAGUUAAAUUAUUGUUAUGAAAGUCUGAGUUGCGCAAGUCAUUGAGGAGACAGGGGCAUGUGAAACUAUUAGGUGCAAUUCGUUUGGUGUCAAUUGAUUACUAGCUCAAUCAGGAAGAGAGCGAAUGUUUGGAUCAAUGUUCACACUCAUUGAUGGUGCACUUUAACUUUAACUCUAUUAUUCUGCUAAGCUACGGAAAUGGUUUGAUUUGAUUUGAAUUUCAUGAGUGCUGCCUUGCCACAGAAACCGAGUGAAUUACUUCCAAAUAGUUCAAUGCUGCCACAUAAAUAAAUAAAAAAAUCAAUUUUGUUAGUUCUUUAUAUUGUAAUUUGUAAAAUGAUGAUAUGAUGAAUAAAGAAAAUAUAACAAUGUUAUAUAUAACAAUGUCGACUUUCA